CAGCCCGAGAGUCCUUUGCUUCUCCCAGCACGCGGCUCGGGACCUACCACAGCUUCGCCUCGAGGCAUUGUGGGAGUCCGUGGGCCAGGCGUUACGGUCCUGGGGCAUUCUGGGAAGGGCCUGGGCUCCUGGAGGGGACCCUUUUUUGUCGCACACGCUUUCCGUGAGAAGUCUCAGGGCCAGGAGCUUUUCGUGCCUGGCGUUUUUAGAAGGUGGUCGUUAAAGGCCCGAGGCAUCGUGUGAAAUUGUCACGGGGCAUUGUGGGAGCUGAUCUUUAUUGUUUGGUACCGGGGUUUGACAAGUUCUUGUCCCACCUAGCGUGCAGAAAGGCCUUUCUUUUCCCCCUGUCCAGCAUCCCUCUCUACCUGCCAACAUCCUGUGUUAGAGGAGCUUGCGGCUGGAGGUGUGACCGUGGGAGAGCUGGCCUGGGAGGGACCCUGCCCAGUCGCUGCUCUGCUCCUGUCUCUUGUCCCCUCCCCCCGCCAUGACAGAGACCCGUGAGCCCACUGAGACUGGAGGCUACGCCAGCUUGGAGGAAGAUGACGAAGACCUUUCCCCAGGCCCGGAGCAUUCUUCUGACUCUGAAUACACUCUUUCAGAGCCCGACUCUGAGGAGGAGGAGGAGGAAGAGGAAGAGGAGACCACUGAUGACCCCGAAUAUGACCCUGGCUAUAAGGUGAAACAGCGCAUAGGUGGGGGCAGAGGUGGCCCAUCCCGCCGAGCCCCCCGAGCGACCCAGCCUGCUGGCCCACCUACACAGCCCUGCCAGCUCUGUGGCCGAUCAGCGCUGGGAGAGGCCCCACCGGGUACCCCACCUUGCCGACUCUGCUGCCCUGCAACAGCAACCCAAGAAGCCCGAGCCCCUGAGAGCAGGGCUCUUGGAGAGGAAGAGGAGGAACCGUCUUACACUGGGGAAAAUCGGCCAGCAGGGCGGGAUGUGGAUGACGAUGAGGAGGAGGGGGGCACCUACCAUUGUACGGAGUGUGAGGACUCCUUUGACAACCUCGGGGAGCUGCAUGGCCACUUCAUGCUGCAUGCCCGGGGCGAGGUGUAGGCAGGGCCAGCAGAGAGCUGGUAGAGGGGUAGGGGGAGCAGGGCUGAGGAAGCUGGAUUCGGGGCUGGGGUCCCUCCCAUCCAUGUUGUCUUAGCAGUAGAUAUUUGAAGGGCCAAAUAAAAGCCAGAUUCUGUGUGCUGGCCCCGAGUGUG